AAGGUCUGCAGCAAAGACACAGCUAGAUGAGAGGAGCAAACACCUGCUCUGACCAGACAGCUCACUGCUUGGAGUGCUGUGCCUCCCUCCACAGGCUUUCUGAGUCCUUACAGACAGAUCCUAUCUGGGGCUACCUUGCUAGGAAACCCUCAGAACUCCCCAUUCUAGAAAACACAACAGGAAUCAAGAUUUUGGAGUUUCCAGGAGCACAAACUCGAGCUGCAGCUUACAAACACCAUGAAGACUCUCCACCUUCUGUUGCUGAUAUCUGGCCUCCUCUCCGUGUUUGUCAAAGGUGUUGGCAGUCACCCUGGUACAGUUCAUGUCAGGUUCAAAUGUAUACCAAAAAUAGCAGCUGUUUUCGGCGACAAUUGCCCUUUCUAUGGCAAUGUGGAUGGUCUCUGUAAUGAUAAGAAAUCUGUAUGCUGCAUGGUACCUGUGAGGCUGGAUAAUAUAUAGAGCACUGAAGCCAUAUGAAGAAUAUUUUACCAUUGUUUCAAUAAAGUGAAUAAAAUCUGCCCACUCUUUGAACCAGAUUUCUGCAAAACAA